AUGUUGCACUUCUUCAUGAUCAACAAUGGACAACUUGACCCGACCAAUGUCAAAUAUCCCUACGAAGCCCGCUCCGCAACAGUCGCAUUGCUUGUAAUAGCGCCUCGACCCUGCGCCAACGAUACCGACGCACAAAACAGCUCGACGUUCGCUGGUGCACGCCAACAGCGCAAACAGAACCCUCGCGCCGGACUUAGGCGGACCUACGGAUACUAUGGGUCACCCACGCCAUCAUCUGCCACUCCUGGGCCCUCAAGCACUACCACCAUGCGAAGACUUGACUUCCGCAAUCCCUCAUGGGUACAACUGGGAAUAGCCAUGGCCAAGCGCCUCAUAUUACAAAUAGCUACUAGACUCUGUCACGCUUUCUCGACGCCUGAAACGCCCCCAGCGGUAUUGAGCAAUUGGGGUGGCGGCCAGGUGGUCAACGUUUUGCCCGGAAAAGGCAUCCUAGAGACCCGUCUCCCGCCGCACCAUGUGCUGCACUGCACUUCUUCUUUGGCCCCCAUCUGCCAACCGGUCUAUGCAAGCAACUUACGAUCCCUCGCCUCGUGUCUUCAACCUGAGCAGCCAGCUUUGCGUCAUAUCAUAGGCCUCCCAGUCAGCGGCCAAUUGAUACAGACUAAGGUAGUGCCCACGCAUCUGCUGCUUCCUCUGUGGCCACGCACUCGACUGCUCGCCAGCAGGGUUAAGACAGGACUGUCUGCUAUAAGCGGGCUGCCCAUAGUGCACUGGCCCCAUCGCAACAUCGCAUUCCUAGCCGACUUGCACAGUCGGACCAUUGAGGCUACUAUGCCAAUCAGAAUUUGCUUACAUUCGGCUUCCAAUUCCAUCAACAAGCCCAGAGCCUCUCAUCAAUUACCCCGGAUUCCUUCCAUUUCCAAUCCGCGGAAAGGAACUGUCGACGGCUGCGGUAGCCCGUGUCUCAGACCCCGCAAUCCAAGGGAGCGAGACCAUCCCUCCCGACGGAAGGACUUGGACAUCUCAUCAAAUAGUCGGCAUUCUAUGAGUCUCGUAGGUUUGAUCGAUGGCGAUCAUUAUCUUGUGCACUUUUUCGGUGACGACGUCCAUGGCGGGUUAUCCUUGAUCUUUGAGUACGACCAGUCAUUCGCCAAUGCGGAUACUGUUGCACCGCCCAGCGGCACAGGACUAUGUAUGUAUCGUCCAACCAAACGGGCUCAACGACUUCACCUGUUCCGCGAGCUAUCGAAGCACGUUGGUGCAGAGUUGCAAUAUGUCCUCACACCGGGCAAACGCAGUGCUACGGUGCAGUUUGUCAAUAACUCAGAUGUCAAGGCUGUUUCCGGAACACAGCAGAGCAGGCGGGGGGCCCUCCGGCAUUAUCAAGUCCCUGCAACUCUGUCAAAAACCGGGGACCGCCAAUUCGCAAUGCACUACCAGGCCCUAAACGGCCGGGAAUGGCGUGGGCUUGAACAGGGUCAACAAGGCAGCUCCCGUGGAACAUACGCAUUACGGCAAAUACGUCCGAGAAUGAAGACAGCAAGUUACGAGCUAGAUUGGUCCCUGGUGUCGCGCAAAUACGAUCUCAUCUCCCCCGCCGGCGCCCAUACAUUCACCGAAAUCCCGGCUGAGACAGAAAAGAAGGCGGCCUGGCAUACGAAUCACCUCUUCAAUGAUUGGCCAUUGGCGCAUCUCGCUGGCCUCAUCAGGAACUCAUUGACUUCAGCUACUUCUCUAGCAGGCACGCAGGGGACAUUCAGCUGCGCCCUCGCAGCCCCCACGAUGCAGAAGUCGGCCUGCGAUAUCAACCAUUAUUGGUUCGGCGCCGCACGACAGCAGGGGGGUCAACAGACGCAUUUCUUCAUCACCGUCGACUUCUUCAUCAGGCCAAGCCUGGUCAAUGAUUGGCCACAGUGUCUACUGGCUCACCCGAUUCCACUACGCCUCGUCAUGGAGGGGGUAUCUGUAAUUCCAUAUCUGCUCGCCUCGGACAAUGUUGUCCGCUGUCAAUUCCAUGGGGCAAGAAGCGGCCUGCUCACAUACAUAUAUGAAGGAACCCGUCGCCCCAAAUCCGAGCCUGCCUGUUCGACUGGACUAUCCGCCAGCAUGUCUCAAGCCCAGGAGCAAUUUCCUAAGCACCAGCCUCUCCUCACGGAGGUGUCGGAGAAGUUGGCGGCUGCUCGCAACCUCGUUCAGAAGUCCCUUGCGGCAGUCCCACCGCACCCUGAGCCAGUUCCAGGUACCGCUGCGCAGCAGCCUGUACCGACACAUCUUUUGCAAGAUGUCAAGAAACUCGGCUUCCAGGACUUCGAGACUUUGGCCGAAUUCGGCAUCACUGCUGUGCAAGGCAGGAUCAACGACAAUGAUUUGCUCUUGGAGCACGUCAUCCAGCUUUUCGCCAAGUUGCCUCGCGGCACCAUCAAUGGCAAGAAACUCGAGUAUGGCUUGAUCAACCAGCUUUGGGAUGGUAUCGACCAUCCACCUAUGACAACUCUCGACGAGAAGUUCAAGUAUCGCGCAGCCGACGGCUCCAACAACAACAUCCACAGCCCGGCCAUGGGCGCAGCUGGCACAGCAUAUGCUCGGUCAGCUCCGCCAAUCACCUAUCAAACCCCCAAUCAGCCAGAUCCCAGCCUUCUGUUCGAUAUGCUCUUUGCUAGAGGCGAGGAAUUCAAGCCUCACCCCAACAAAAUCUCAAGCUUCCUCUUCUACUUGGCUACCAUCAUCACUCAUGAUAUCUUCCAAACCGACGGCCUCAGUGGUAUCAACAAGACAUCCUCCUACCUCGACCUUUCUCCUCUCUAUGGUCGCAACCAAGAGGAGCAGGAUCAAGUUAGGACAAACCUGGAUGGCAGACUCAAGCCUGACUCAUUCUCUUCCAAGAGAGUCCUUGGUUUCCCUCCCGGCGUCGGUGUUCUUCUGAUGAUGUUCAACCGCUUCCACAAUUAUAUCGUUACACAGCUUGCAAGACCUCCUGGCGAUGCCAUCGAUCCCGAGGCUGAGGCCCCCAAAAAGCCAACGGAGCCGGAGGAAGCCGGUCCAGUCGGUCACCCAAGAUACCUGGACUGGAUUGAAUCCCCAGCCUACAAGGAAUAUACGAGCACCCCCGAGUACAAGGAAUGGACCAGUUGGACUGCUUGGGUCAAAUUUGACAAUGACCUUUUCCAAACAGCGCGUCUCAUCACUUGCGGUCUCUACGUCAGCAUCGUCCUUCGCGACUACGUUCGUACCAUCUUGAACAUGAACCGCUCGCCUUCUAGCUGGGCGCUGGAUCCCCGUACCACUGAGGGCAAGAGCGUUCUUAGAGCUGAGACCCCCGAGGGUACCGGAAACCAGGUCUCUGUCGAGUUCAACCUUAUCUACAGGUGGCAUUGCACCAUUUCCCCCAAGGAUGCCAAAUGGACCGAAAAGGCGUUCCGCGAGCAACUCAAGAUUAAGGGAGUAACCAAGGAUGUCAAGGACUACACUCUCAUGGAGUUCGGCCACGCUGUGAGGGACUGGGAGAGACGUAUCAGUGAUGACCCCGUCAAGCGCGACUUCGCCGGCCUGAAGCGUGGCAAGGAUGGUGCGUUCCGCGAAGAGGAUUUGGUCAAGAUCUUCAAGGAGUCCGUCGAGGAUGUUGCUGGUUCUUACGGCGCGAACAGAAUCCCCGAGAUUAUGAAGCCAAUCGAGGUGCUCGGUAUGAUGAACGCGCGAAAGUGGAAUGUUGCCACCCUCAACGAGUUCCGUGACCACUUCGGCCUCACCAGACACCCGACAUUUGAGGACAUCAACCCGGACCCCGAAGUCGUCAAGAAGCUGAGAUAUCUCUAUGGCACUCCAGAUCAGGUUGAACUGUACCCUGGAUUGGUUGCUGAGAAGGCUAAGCAGCCCAUGUCCCCCGGAAGUGGGUUGUGUGGCGGCUUCACCAUGACUAGAGCGAUCUUGUCUGAUGCGGUUGCCCUGGUUCGUGGCGACCGAUUCUACACCGUCGACUACACGCCGAAGAAUCUGACCAACUGGGGUUUCAACCAGUGUAGCUACGAUCACAACGUUGACCAGAGCCAUGUUCUGUACAAGCUGGUGUUCCGCGCUUUCCCCAACUCAUUCGAGCAGAACAGCGUUUACGCCCAUUUCCCUCUCACAGUGCCCUCCGAGAACAAGACGAUUCUCGAGGACAUCAACAGAGCCUAUCUCUACUCCUGGAAGGAGCCAGUCACCAAGCGCAACAUGAUUCCCAUCUUCUCCCACAAGGCUGUCAGCGAGAUUCUGUACAACCAGACAGACUUCAAAGUUGUCUGGGGCGAUGCCAUCCGUCACCUGGUCGCGCAGCCCGGCAAGGAGUACGGCAAGGACUUUUGUCUGGCUGGCGAUGGCAAGGCCAACACACAGAACCGCACUCUCGUCAGGAAGGCUUUGAUCACGGGUCCUUGGGAGAAGGAAGUGUUCAAGUGGUAUACUCAUAUGACGCCUCGGUUGCUGGAGCAGAACAGUUUUGCCAUUAGGAAGGGCGUCAGGGAGGUUGAUCUUGUUCGGGACGUCAUCAACCUGACAAACACACGAUUCAAUGCUGCCCUCUUCCACCUGCCCAUCAAGAACGAGGACUCGCCACUGGGUGUUUACACUGACCAGGAAUUGUAUGUGGUUGUCGCCACCCUUUUCCAGUCUGUUUUUCUAGAUGCGGACAUUGGCAACAGCUUCAAGCUGCGGACGAUUGCGCGAGAGCUCGGUCAAGGUUUGGGCAAGCUCAUGAGCCUCAUUUGCCUGACCAUCUCCAAGGCCGGUUUGAUCACGAAUAUUGUCGCCAAGAUCAGAGAGGGAGAAGCCUCGCUUCCCACCUUUGGAAAUCAUCUCAUUGAGCGCCUUCUUGCUGACGGCAAGGACAUUGAAGAGGUCGUUUGGGGUACCAUCAUGCCAGUCGUCACCGCCAAUGUUACGAACCAAUCGCAAGUCAUGGCUCUUUGCAUCGACUACUACCUUGGAGAGGGUCACGACCACCUGAAGACUCUUUACAAGCUGGCUCAUGAGGAUACACCUGAGGCGGAUGAGAACAUGUUGGAGGGUUGCAGACUCCGCGGCACCGUUGCUGUUUACCGUGAGGCCGUUACUACCCAGGUCAUUACCGACUACGCUCCUUGCCUCCUGGACCCCAAUGACCCGACCUCGCGCACGCCCAAGAUCAACGACGAUAUCGACGGCACCAAGUACGAAGUCAAGAUCCCCAAGGGCCAAAAAGUCCUGUGCAACCUGAUGACGGCCGGUCGCGACCCGACCAUCUUUGAGGCCCCCAAUGAAGUGCGUCUCGACCGCCCUCUCGAGUCGUACGUCCACUACGGUCUCGGUCCCCAUUGGUGUGCUGGCAAGGAGAUCAGCCGCGUGGCGCAGACGAGUCUGUUUAAGCAGAUUGUUGGACUCAAGGGACUGAGGAGAGCCGACAAGACGCCUACUGGAAACGGAGGCCGUGGGAAGCUCAAGAACAUGCCUGCCGGUGCCUGGCCCGGCCAGGUCGGUCUUCCUGUUGGCAGCAACCAGAACGGCGCCAGCAAGAAGGAUGAGCCCUGGCUGGGUCUGCGCACCUUCAUGACGGCCGAUCAGAGCUCAUACUGGCCUGUGCCGACGACGAUGAGAAUCGAGUGGGACGAGUAA